AACGAGUUUUUGUUAUGUUCGAUAUACCUGCUGAUUUGGGGACUACUGACAAAGCAAUAGCCAUACCGAUUUGAUAAGAAUUGUUUCUUACGGCGAACCACUUUUUUCGUUUAACUAUUCGCACGUCACGGAAGCUUGAAUGGGACCGAAUUGAAUAGAAAUUAUCUUGAUUCAAUGAUACUACUCUCAAUCCACAACCAGCGUCUUAUCAGCACAGGGACUUUCCAAUAGCCGGCCCAAUCACCUGCCUCAAGUACUAUCUCUUUUCGUACGAAAAUUUUGUUGCCAAAUCAUUCCCCAGCCAAUGGGCGUUCUGCGUCACUUAAUCCUAUCUCUUGGGGGAUGAUAGGCUAAUGCUUUGUUUUCCCCCGUCCCGAUGAUCUCCAAUCAUUAUCGUAUCCGAGCCCCCAAUGGAACGUACUCCAACACCGCUGAUAGCCGAUUGCCUAUAAAAGCGGCCUGAUUGUGUACGCAUCGCUAUCGUUUCGUUCAAUACGCAAAGACGACAAGGAUGUGGUUCAAGCUAACGUUGCUGCUGGUGGCCGCCAUUACCUGGGGCGGUUCAGCCGAACAGGCACGGUUCGACAACUACCGCGUGUAUGAGGUGUCGAUCGAGACGGAACGGCAGCUGAAGACGCUCCAGCAUCUGGAGCUGAAUCCCGAUGGGUACAGCUUCUGGGAAUCCCCGGUGCAGACCAACAUGCGCCUGAGCAUCGUGGUGCCGCCGCACAAGUUUGCCCACUUCGAGGAGCUCUCGGUGGCGCUUGCACUGAAGACACGCCUGCAGAUUGAAGACUUCCAGAAAGUGAUCGACAACGAACGUCCGAUGCGCAGUACGCGCGCCACCUUCGGCUGGACCGACUACUACACCGUGGAUGAGAUCUACGCCUGGAUGGAUCAGAUGGUCGCGCAGAAUCCUACCAUUCUGUCCGGUUCGGUGUACGGCAAAUCGUUCGAGGGACGUGAUCUGAAGGCAAUCAAGCUGUCGCACAAGGCCGGCAAUCCGGGUAUCUUCAUUGAGGCUAACAUUCACGCUCGCGAGUGGAUCUCGUCCGCUACUGCUACGUGGCUGCUGAACGAGCUGGUUACGUCGAGCAACGCUGCCGUGCAGAACUUGGCCCAGAACUACGAUUGGUACUUCAUCAUGGUCGCUAAUCCUGACGGUUUGACCUACAGCAAGACCACGAACCGUCAAUGGCGCAAGACUCGUCAGCCAGUCAAUGCACUCUGCGUUGGUGCUGAUCCUAACCGCAACUUUGACUACAUGUGGAUGACCGGUGGAGCUUCAUCUGUCCCCUGUUCGGACACGUUUGCCGGAUUGACCGCCUUCUCCGAGCCGGAAACGAAAGCCAUGGCUGACUACUACGCGACGAUUGCGGACAAAAUCAACAUCCAGUUCUCGUUCCACUCUUACGGCCAGUACCUGCUGACUCCGUUCGGAUUCAGUGGUGCUCCUCUCCCUUCGAACAAUGCCGAUCUGCAGCGUAUUGCCGCUGUUACGGCUGCCGCGAUCGAGGCUACCUAUGGAACGCGCUAUACCUAUGGCAACAGUGCCAGUGUGCUGUACACUACCUCUGGAAGCACGGUCGACUACUUCGUCGGAGUGCACGGUACCAAGCUCGGAUUCACCUUCGAGUUCCGCGACACCGGAGCAACCGGAUUCGUCCUUCCCGCUAACCAGAUCAUCCCGAACGCGGAGGAGACGCUCAACGGCAUUAUUGCUUUCGUGGCCGAAGCCAAGACUCUUGGAUACGUCUAAACGGCACUGCCUGUUUUUAUUUCCCUAUUCCAAUAAAGCAAUACAACUAAACUUAAAA